GAGGAUCGCGCCCCAUACAUAAGUUUCUUCGUAUAGAGACCGAAAAAUUGUAACAUAGUGACGAGUAUGAAGCCUACCAUGAACCAAGCGGCGACAUUGCAAUCACCUCGAAAGUCCCAGAAGGCACCGACGCUCAACAAGGACAACAGUACCCAAACAACACUCCUGACGCACUACAUGGACCUUGCCCAAUCAUUUCGGGUCAGCUCAAUCGAACCACAGAGUCCCCAUAAACUUGACCGGAUCAAGAAGGGACUCGAGGAGGAUCGUGGAUACCUGUCGGAUGGCGGCAAAGUUAGUACUACCCCUGCACUGCCGCCCCGAACACCACGUGGGUUGCAUCCCCCUCACGCAUCGUCGGUGCAACGACCAUCAACAUCUCCUCAGUCAUCCCCACUUGCUACCCGCCCAACUCCGCCUUCCAGUGCGACACUCUCAAAUGGGAAGCCAAAUAAAAUUCUUUUCUAUCAUGCCCACGACCCAUACUAUGGGUUCACCAAUUUCUCAUCUGACCCCAUUGAUUACAAUGGAAAGAAAUACCCCACGAGUGAACACCUCUUCCAGUCGCUGAAGUUCAUGGAACGCCGCCCCGAUCUCGCAGAGCACAUCAGGACGUGUUCCACGCGCCCGCGUGUGGUAUUUGACGAAGCCCACAGGUUCAGUCCCGAAGUGCGAUCUGACUGGCUGCAAGUGAGGAUUGAGAUGAUGGACUUUGUUCUCUGGCAUAAAUUCUCGCAGAACAGACAUCUGAAGGAAGAACUACUCUCUACUGGAGAUGCAGAGCUUGUCGAGGUUAGUAGAUCUAGACCGUGAGGGCCAUGACGAAGUUUAAUUAUACACCACAGGAUUCUGAUAAAGACUCAUUUUGGGGUAUUGGAGUAGACCGAAAAGGCCAAAACCAGUUGGGCAAGGCUUUGGUGAGGCUUAGGACCAAGUUGAGGGACGAGCAGAACAAUAGUGCAGGAAGCAAAGCUUUGACACUUUUGAGGAAGACUGUUGGACGUUGAUAUCGCAUAGAAACGUUGAAAUUGUAUAUCCUCAUCCUGGUUAAAGCAUAUGGCUCUGUCGGCAGGCUAAAUGGAUCGCCCAGACGGUGAGAUGACGUAGGGGGUGCAAC